UCACUCACUCCCAAAAAAAGCUUCAGCAAAAAGAGAAUAAAUUUCUAAAAUUGCUUCCAUUCUUCGAAAAUUUUAAUUAAUUCAGCUAGUAUUAUGGCGGAUUCAGGCAAUAGGAAAUCAUCGGCGCGGCGGCAAUCGAACAGGUUGCAGAGGAGAGCGCCGGCGUCGUUGCAGAUCGGUCCUGCGCCGGAGUGGAAGGCGGCGAUACCGCUUCUGUCGCCAUUGAUUCAAUCGCCGACCUCCGAUGAUGCGGCGUUGGAGGUCAGAUCUUGUUCUAAUAGUGGUACUGAGACGUCCGCCGCGGCGGUGGCUGAGAAGCCGGUGGUGGUUAUGAAAAAGUGGCAGCAUCCAGCUGCGCCGUUCGGCUAUGAGCCGGCGCCGUUUAUGCCUUUUGUACAGAUUGGAGUUUCUGAAAGAUUAGGAUAAUUUCUAUAUAUCUUUUUAAUUUUUUUCAUUACCUGAUUAAUUUUUUGUUUUUUACAAUUAAUUGUAUUUUGGAUGUUAAUUAUUCAUGUGAAAUUAUGGUAAAUAUAAUUUAGGAAUCGAACAACAUUUAUAAUUGAGAUAA